AUGGCCAAGAAAGAUAAGGUUGAAGAGUCCGGAGAGGACAACUACGAUAAGAGAAUGGCUGCUGUGUUGCCAUUUGCCAAGCCACUUGCACCAAAGAAAUUGAACAAGAAGGUUCUCAAAACUGUCAAGAAGGCCUCUAAGGCUAAGCAUGUCAAGAGAGGUGUUAAGGAGGUGGUCAAGGCCUUGAGAAAGGGCGAGAAGGGUCUUGUUAUCAUUGCUGGAGACAUCUCCCCUCCAGAUGUCAUCUCCCACAUCCCAGUCCUUUGUGAGGACUCUGCAGUUCCUUUCGUGUUCAUCCCAUCCAAGGAAGACUUGGGUUCUGCUGGUGCCACCAAAAGACCCACUUCUUGUGUGUUCAUCGUUCCAGGUGGAGGAAAGUCCAAGAAGAACGCAGACAAGACCGAGGAGUACAGAGAGGCCUACGAUGAGGUUGUUAAGGAGGUGAACGGAUUGGAGUAA